CUUGUCGAUGUUGCUAGUACAGUAUCCGAAACCGUUGUCGAUGGUGUGAAAGAAGCAGCCGAGCAAGUCACUGAUAAAAUGAAGGCUAUGCAGAAUCGAUCAAGCCUCAUAGAAGAUGAUGAUGAAGAGCGUCCCAUUAAAUAUGAACAGACGGAUCCCAUCAUUGAUACUGUGCUAGAAACCGUUGCUAGUGACUCAGAACGCGUUGAUCAUGCUAUAAGUAAUGGUGGUCCAGGUAUGGAGGGAAAGGAAAAUGGCAAAAAAGGUCAUGAGGUUGACGAGGAAGGCUUCCGUGUUGCAGCAGAUUCUCACGAUACUCGACUCUUCCUUCCACCACCGUCUGCAGCACGUGGUAGAGCCCCUCCAGUCCCACAUUUGACGCGGCCACUUUACUUUGAGCUCGCGACUGUUCCACAUUUCAAUGGAAAAUGUACUCUUCCGGAUGAACAGAGCGCCACUGAGUACUUUACAAACAUAAGGUCGGCUAACUACAUUUUACACAGUGAAGACAUCUCUCCAGCUGUACUUGACGGAUGGCUUGCUGGCAAGAAACAUUGGCUGAAUAACGGUCAUAAGUCGCGCAUAAUACCCACCAGGCAUCAUAGCGCUCUACAGGCGUUUGUCACUCAAAACGCAGCCCAGUUGGAGGAAUAUGGUCUAGUAGUGAAUUCAUCACUAGAGAAUAACACAAUUUCGAUAAAUACAGAAGAAGGACGGGAGGAUUACCAUAUGAUCAAGAUUGAACUCUAA